AUGAUGAGACUGAUUUCUGAAGUCACUCCCAUGACUUCAGAAACUUGUACAAGUAACGCAUCCACAGCUAAAACAAUGGGAGAGGAUUGCCAAAUAAAGAGGCUCACCUCAGACACCUCGAUCGACUUCCCUCGCUGGAAUUCCACCAGGGAACAUUUUGCCGUUAUUCCAGAAGAGAACCUGACUGUUAGUUUGACCAUAUUUGGAGAAAACCUUAAUCUUUGUUGGGAUGGAAAACAGACAGCGGUCAAGACGAACAAGGAAGACUGUCAAGCCUUGUCAGCUCACGAGGAGCACAAGAUCACACUGGAUUACGAGUCGCAGCAGAUCAAGAGAGCUGAUGGCCGCAUUCUCAGAACAGUAAAUAGUACCAAUGCAAAUAAAGAUGGCUUGAUGAAGAUGAAAUCUGACGGAGGCAAGGCCUGGGUUGUGCAGAUUCUGGGAGACUGGACUCAUCUUCAGGGCAGCCAAAAUGAGUGUAAAAGCAACUGUGGUGGAAACAACGCAAUCCUGUAUGUUUUUCUGACUUUCUUCAUUAUUACAACCAUUGCUUUAUUCUGUUACCUUCUGCGUAUAAGGAGAAACUCGUCCAGAAGUCGAGCUUAUCCUGCCUCUCAAGUGCUUGAACUGAAUACAGCCAAGGAGACCAUGACGGACGAAAAUCCUGGUAGCAUGGACUAUGGAGAAGAAACAAUUAAUGAUAUCUAUGAUUAUGAUGGUCAGUGAGACUAGAUGCUGUCUGACGAUAUACAAACAAAGGUAUUAGAUAUUAGGAAGGAAGUCAGGUCUUCCAAACUAGCAGUAUCCACUUGAUGAAUGGUGCCCUCAUCCAUAACAGACUGGGGUCGCCCUGUCGCAGGAUCCGUUUCCAUAGAUCUCCGAUCACACCAGACCGGCGAUGCCAAUGUUUAACAAAGUCAUAUGAUGGGGCAUCCUCUCCCUAAGUUGCCUUCAUUUCAUCUUUCAAGUAUAGAAAUAUGCUAUGAAUUAAGGACUGGACAUUAAAACAUAACCCAUAGAGAUAUGUAUCAUUAUGCAUGUGAAACAGGAUAAGCGGAAGGGGAUCAAGGGAAAUCUUUUGUAAGCGCCCCCCUGUAGUUUAUAUACAUAUAUAUGUGUGUAUGUGUGUGUAUGUAUAUAUAUACAUAUUCAUUUGCAUUUAUAUAUACACAAUGGGUGCGCUCUUAAAAGAUUUUCCUACAUAUAUGCA